CAUCUCCUACAAAGGACAUGGUGAUUCUGUAACCUCCACUUUCGGCAUGGAGCAAUCGACCCUGCAGAGAUUUCUUAAGUCUUGGAGAAAGAAGAGGCAGAGCCGGGCAAACCAACAUGAAAGAAAGGAUGAUGUCAGCCAUGUGAUACAAAUUGUAAUUGAGGGAGAUACAAAUGUCACGAAGACGGAAGAGAAGAAAGGAGGUGAGAAUGUCAACGGAGACAAGAAAGGGGAAACGAUUCUUCCCGUAGAGAAGAAACCAGAUUCGAUUCCCUCGGGAGAUGAAGAUACUGAGAAGACAAGACUCGCGCGUGAAAGGUUGAUAAAGGCAAUCAACCAGUUCCCCCAGAAGUCCACCGAGAAGACAAGACUCGACCUCGAGCGUGAAAGAUUGAUAAAGUCAACAAUGGUUGAAGAUACUGAGAAGACAAGAGUCGACCUCGCGCGUGAAAGAUUGAUAAAGUUCCCCCCCCAUAAGACUCGUGUCAACACCACAAUGCAGGAACCGGACCAGAAGUCCACGGAGUCAAAGGAGAGAGAAGUUCAUCAAGAAUGGUUUGGCCGGGCCUUCACAGACUCGGAGAUGAAAUGUGAUGAUGAUUCUGAGAAGAAGCACAAGAAUGCAACUUAUGAAAGGUCGGAUUUUUCCCAGGAAGUUCAUUCGUUGAUAUACCAGCGUAAACUCGGUGACAGCAAGGAUAAUCUUGAGUCUACCUAUGAUAAUCAGGUCAUCUUUGGAAUUGCAAUAUACUUGUACUUCUUCUCACGGAUGAGUCUUCGUUUGGUUCCCACAUCAGCGCCACCAGAAAGAUUUAUCAAAAUGUCUUGGAUCGUGGAUGAACGCCAUCUUGUUUAUCCCCUUUGCAGUAGUAGUUGCUGUCUUAUUUUUCAUUCUUCUAGUGAUUCGUUAUUACGGCUAUACUAGGGGCGUUUAGUUUGCAAAUGAAUGUUUAGGAUGGUUUUUACUUGUGGAGAUUACUGAAUGUUUAGUGUCUGAUGAUGUCUUUCAUACGAGUUUUACUGUACACACAAUGUUACAAAAGUGCAAAUAAAAGCAGAGCAAG